GACACAGCUCUUGACGCCCGCAGUGACGAAAGUCGUAGAGGGAGAACUAGGGAAAGGUCACCACCCCCCGCUGUUCCACGGCCCCCCUGGAGGGCCUCUAACCUCAGAACCUCCGCCAGAUAUUGCUGGAGCCCAGCGGCAGAUGGCCAAGGACAUGUCCACAACCAGUCACGAGCUUAGGGCCAUCCAGGCGCAGUCAACCAGGCGCCCUCACUCGCCUCGAUUUGCACCACGGGAAGUCGACGAGCUCCAGAUUGUCAUCGGUGGCUGGCAGGAGGCCAAGCGUCAGGAAAUCGAAGAAGAUGUACAUGAGAUCUUUCAGGAGGAGCCUAGCACGGCAUUGGCUCCUGCCUCGACCUUAUCAGUUUCUUUGGGCUCGGUUCGUCGGUGUCCGAUGUUCCUAGCUCCUACCGAGGGACUGGAGACGCCCCCUGAAAUUCUCUUCUUUCAAGAAGUGGGGGAUGUCCGUGACUUGGCUGAGGGCACUCACUUUCACGAUCUUUUCAUGAUUGCAGGUCAGGUGCAUGUGCUUGACAUUGGCUUGUACGUGUCCUACUGGAAGCGUGACGACUAUCGUGUCGCACUUCCGUCGGAUCACAACGCCAUAGGACUCACUUUGCGCUUGAACAGGAACCGCAGUGGGAUCAGGUACACUUUGAUGCUGCCCGAGCUAGGCGUCAGCGCUGGCCUUGACGGGAUCACUUAUGAGGGUCUUAAAGGUCUCUUGAAGCUGGACUCCAAACAGCGUUUGGUCCAGUACUUUAACUCAUUGCUGACAGGGGACAGACCAAUCCCCCCCUCAUGGAAGGUGGGGAAGAUCGUCUUCCUCCCCAAAGUUCCUCGACCCAGUAAACCCGCUGACCUGCGACCUAUCUGUCUGGUGCCUACUCUGGGUCGUCUUUACUCCAAAAUCUUGAUGCAGCGCAUCAGGGUGGCGGCGCCACCGUACAAAGCCAAUCAGAUGGCUUGUCGCGCCUCUGUGCAGGUUGUAGAUGGGAUCCUCGCUGCCCAGAGUACCAUGUCGUUGCUGAGGCACAUCACUGGCUCCCCCGCUAAGGUCGCCAAGCUCGAUUUGCUGGCUGCUUUUGACAGCCUGUCUCAUCAUGCUAUCUACCGAUGGCUUAUGGCGUGUCAGCCAUGCUGGGAAGCUGAACAACUCAUGCAUCUCUGUUUCGGUACCCAGGUCCAAGUAGGACUCGCGGGAGAAAGUCGCAUCCUUGAAAUGAAACAAGGGAUCAUGCAGGGGUCUGCCUUUAGUGCAGAUGUGUUCUCACGAGUGGUCGAUUGGUUCCUUGGUGAUCUGCUACCGGCUAUGUCGGAAGUCGAGCCUGCGUGGGAAGAGCACGUGGCGAAUCUGCCACAUUUCCUGGUCUAUGCCGACGAUAUUACGGUCUUCGCGACUACAGAGGUAGCCCUGCAAGCUAAGGCAACGCCUAUCCAGGGAGAGCCGAGACUCCUCUUCUUGGGA